AUGGCUGUAGGAACACCCAAAAGCAAGCUGCCGCGCACCGGUUUAGCUGCCCUGCUUGCAACCCUCGAUAUCCCAGGUGAGAUCCAGCUUCCAGAUGGCUCGAUCGUCCUCGUCGGGUCAGGGUCGCCCAAAUACCGUGUUAUCUUUCGCUCGGAGAGUGCACUCAGAACACCAAUGACAGAGCUGAGCGUCGGACGCGCCUAUGUAUCCGGUGAUAUUGAAAUCGAAGGCGAUUUCAGCGCUCUCUUCGGCGCACGACAAAGUUUGACUGAGAAAGUGCCUCUGAGACAAAAACUCCAGUUCCUGUACGACUAUUACAUUCGAUCUGCGACGGCCAUGAACAAAAAAGUCAUCAGCGACCACUACGGCCGCGGUGAUGGUAUGUACCUCACAUUCAUAGACAAGAAAUAUCGGUUCUACACCCAGGGGAUAUUCAAGGAUCCAGAUGAGAGCAUCGAGCAGGCCUCAGAGAAUAAAUUGGACAUAAUCUUCAAGGCUCUCGAUCUCAAAGCUGGCAUGAGAGUACUCGAUCUUGGUGGUGGAUGGGGCGGCGUGACACAGUAUUGUGGCGCGCGAGGUAUACAUGUUACGACGUUGACGUUGUCAGCGGACUCAGCGCGCUUUGUUGAGCGGAUCAUUACGGAAAAUAAUCUUCCUGGUCAAGUGUUCUUGCAAGAUUUUCUGGAGCAUAAGCCCGACGAGCUAUAUGAUCAUAUCAUUACACUUGGGGUGAUCGAGCACCUCCCCGAUUACCGGCGAUUCUCACGCUGCGUUUGGGACGUGUUGAAGCCUGGUGGACGGAUUUAUCUCGAUGGUUCGGCUGCUGUCACUAAGUAUGCAGUUAGUUCUUGGACUCGAGAAAAUAUUUGGGGUGGGACGCAUACUUUCAUGACCCUGCAAGAUGUCAUGGCGGAAUUCUUGUACCAUGGCUUUGAGGUUGUGGAGGUGGCUAGGGAGACGAAGGACUAUGAGUUGACUAUGCUCGAAUGGGCGAAGAGGCUUGAUCAGGCUCGAGACGAGGUUAUUGCAGGCUGGGGCGAAGAGACUUAUCGUGUGUUCCGUGUAUUCUUAUGGGGCGGAUCUCACGCUUUCAAGACCAAUUCUUUGCAGGCAUAUCAUCUCGUUGCCGAGAAGACGGCUUCGAUGGGGCCGCGUCCGUCGACUUAUCGGAGGCUUGUUCAAUUCUUAGGAAAUCUUCGUUGA